AGUUAUAAUAGUGGUUUUCGACAGAUCGAUUUGCUCUUUAGUCUAUGAUGUUAGACGGGAGUAGUGGUGUGCCGCGUUAGUUUGGUUGCAAUAAUUGACCUGCCAAAUGAAUGAUGUUGGGUGAUCAUGAUGACAGUUUCAUUUGGCAAGAUUACCUGGAAGCGACUGGCACCAAGGCAGUUCCCCAUGCUCUCUUUACACAUGUGGAGCGGUCUCUAGCGUCUGGCCUUCGCCCGGGAACUGUCGUGGAAGUACCAGACCGAAGUGGAGGUGGAUACUGGCCUUGCUCAUUGACCUUAGCCUGUGGCCCCCUCCUUCGCGUUCGACCUCUGGGCCUCGGUCCUCAAAAUACUGCACUGCAAUUCUGGUGCGAUCCAGAUAAAGUAAGGGUCCACGCGCCGGGAUGGGGUGCUGCAAAUGGUUUGCAAUUGCUACCCCCACCGGAACUGCUCUCGGCAGCAGGAGAUGAUGCAGAUGUCGGGGCCCUGCAAAGAGCAGCAGCUGAGGAAGCACAGCAGGCUGCUGCAGCUGUUACACCUGUCACUGAAGAGCUACUAGCUGGGGAUGGAUUCAUACCAGUGGACCGCAUCAAACAGGGAAUGAAGGUGGAAGUACAGGAUAGGAUAAACCCUUAUCUGUUAUGGGUAGCAACGAUUGUUGAGAAUGUGGGAGGUCGCCUGCUACUUCGUUAUGAUACACCAGACUCAAACUUCCCUGACUUCUGGCUAUUCUACAGCUCUCCUCGACUCUUCCGUAUGGGUUUUGCUGAAGAGAAUGGCUCACCUUGGAGAUUGCGUUGGCCUAAAACAGACUCUCAGCAACAGCAGCAGCACCGUAGCAGUGAAGAAUGGCAUGCUAUUCUGGAAAUGUCAAGACUGGAAGACCAGCGGAUGCCUCUGCCACCUGACCUCUUGCAGAACAGGGUAUCUGUACCUCUACAUGGUUUUAAAGUUGGAAUGAAACUCGAGGCACUUGACCCAAAAACACAUACUGAUAUAAGACCAGCAACAGUUGCCCGAGUUUUUGAUGAAAAUUAUUUUCUUAUCAGAAUAGAUGGGUGUGGCCCAGACAGCAUUGGAACACGUGGCAUUUGCUUGUGCACAGCUGACCACCCAUAUAUCUUCCCUGCUGGUUGGUGUGAAGAGAACGGAAUAACUCUGUCACCUCCACGGGGAUGGCAGAGUAAUGAUGGAGAGACUUUUUCAUGGGUUAAUUAUUUGUCAAAGAUGCCUGGUGUUGAGACUGCUCCCACAGCACUUUUUCCACCACGCCGUUCUGCUUCUGAAAUGGGAUUUUGUCAAGGUGCAGCCUUGGAAGCUGUUGACCCAAAUAAUCCUGACCGUGUUUGUGCUGCAACUAUUGCAAACAUCACUCAGCACCUAUUGUGGAUACGUCUCGAAUCAGAGCCUCGAGAGAGAUCUCGUCAAUACGUAGUCAAUAUUGAUUCUCUGGACAUUUUCCCUGUUGGCUGGUGUGAGAGCAAUUCUUAUCCUCUUAAACCUCCUCGUUCUUUCUCGACACCUGUUCCAGUGAGGCAGCCAGCCCAAGUUAACACACCAAAGUCAGUGGAGGUUAAACCUAGCACUAGUGUUCCUGCAACCAGUUCAGGAAAUGGCAGCUCUUGGUGUCCAAAAAUAUACUUCAAUCACAAGUGUUUUUCUGGUCCGUACCUCAGCAAAGGCAAACUGUCAGGCUUGCCAAAAUCGGUGGGUCCAGGUCCAGUGACCCUAGUACUAAAAGAAGUUCUUUCCAUGGUGAUAUCGGUAGCCUACAAAUCUAGUCGUGUUCUGAAAGAACUGCAAUGUGAUUCAAAGCAACCACCUCAUGGUCAUGUUCUUGAGGUACUUAAGGCUAAAUACAAGAAUAAUACAUAUCGGGCAAAUGUUGCUGUUGUGACAUCAGCAGAUGAGGUUACAAAUUUUUGCAAGAGAGUCUGCCGGCGACUGCAAGUCUGUCCAUAUUUGUUUGGACCGAUAGCCAUUGGAGAAAAUGUAUGCCCUGAGAAAUGUAACACUCAGUCUAAAACAAAAUUUACACACUAUUGGGUGCACGGAAAGCGAAAAAUUGGACGACCGAAGGGUGAAGCGAGUAUUGUAGUCCCACGGCCUAGGAAGCGUCGUGGAAGGGUAGCUGCAAGGAUCAAUGCAGCGUGGCGUAAACUUACCUCCACAGCCUCCAAUUCAUCUCAGCUUCUGUCUCAUGAAUCACUAGAGUCUACAGUCACUAAGACACAGCAGCACGCCGAAGACAAAACAAUACGGGAAUCAUCCAAUACUUCAGACACUGUCACUAUCGUCGAUUCAGAUACUUCAGUGCCGAAGAAGGAUUUGAAGACUCCAACUGCACCUGGAAAUCACCACCAAACAUCAUCUUCCAUAAGGUUGCUUGUACCUUCUCCAAGAAAAGAGAAUGAUUCGGAAGAAGAUGAAAUUGGCUAUAACUCAAAGCAUAUUAAACUAUUUAAUUAUCAUCUGAAUUCCAAUCCUUUGUACUGGACAGAAGAUGAUUUACAUCAUUACCUGGUCUCUACUGGUGAAUGUGCCCCAAUUGCUGAUAAAUUCAAGGAAGAGAUGAUUGAUGGACAGGCAUUCAUGAUGCUGAACCUGCCAACACUGGAGAAGCACUUGUUUAUGCAGCCAGAUGCAGCUCUUAUGGUGUGUCGACACAUUGAGAGGGUCAAACUGGCCUUUCUAUUACAGUAUUACACCAAAAGACAGGAUUAAUAACAGGAAUCCCACCAACGGGGUACUGCAGAAAUAAGCAAAGAUAAUGAGAGAGAGAGAGAGACUAACAGGUUAAAAGUAUUGUCACAUCAUAGUAAUUAUAAAUUGCAAAGCCUUUUGGUUUAAGUGAUGUACAACUGUUGACCUGUAUUAAUAGUUUAAAGGAAAUUGAAAUGUUUUAGAUAUUAUAAUUGGCACAAAACUCUUAAGCAGUCAUUCAUACCAAUAAAAAAUGUAAGUAUAGCCUGUACAGAAUAAAAGACUGCCAAAACAUACUUUGUUUAAGACUCAGAUUUUUGGCUGCUACAAAUGUAUAAAAAUAAAUAAAUGAUAUAUUUAAUACCACAGAA